GGGGCGCCUGGGUGGUUCAGUCAGUUAAGCAUCUGCCUUCAGUUCAGGUCAUGAUGCCGGGGUCCUGGGAUCAAGCCCCACGGUAGGGCUCUCUGCUCAGUGGGGAGUCCGCUUCUCCCUCUUCCUCUGCCCCUUCCCCUGGCUUAUGCACUCUCUCUCUCGCAAAUAAAUACAAUCUUUAAAAAAAAAAGAAAUAUGCAGACAGAAACUGCAAAAGUCAUAAAUGUGCAGCUCUAUGAAUUUUCACAAAGUGGAAACUAUUUUUAAGAGAUUCUGGAAAAGGAUUAUUUUCCAUUCAGCAGACUCAUUUGAAGCAAGGGCCACAGGCUUUUGAAAUAGAUGACAUCAUCUGUUAAGCAGAGGCACGAGGCAACUCGGGGCGGGAUGUGGGGCCUGACGUCAUCGCACAGCAGCUUCUUUUCCCCGCCCACUUCUCUCGCCUGAGUAGGUCGUCAUUGUAAUACGUAGGUGAAUCGGGAAUUAUGCUGCCCAGACAACCGAACCGCAGGCUCGGGGAGGUGGGACCUCAGUGGGCGCCUGCGUACUGGUGGAAGUGAGGCACAAUGCACCGCUUUUGGGGGCGGGACACCUGGGUAGAGCAUCUUAAGCGCGUGCGCAGAGGCCAUCUCCACCCUGUGCUGGGUGGGAGGGGCAGUGGGGGGGCAGGGUCGCACAGCGCCCUCUGCGCCUGCGCCGGGGCGCAAGGUGGGGCCGCGGGCGCCCGCACUGUGGAGUGCUCACAGAGGUGGGGGGCAACGGUCAACCGUCGCCCUGAGGCGGGUGGCGGCGGGAUGGCGGCGGCCUCUGGAUCCUCGGAUUUGGCCGGCUCUGGAGCGCCCCCACCUGGUGGGGGAGCUCAGGCGGCGGCGGCUGAGGAGGAGGAGCGAGAGGUGGUACGGGUCCGAGUCAAGAAGUGUGAGAGCUUUUUGUCACCUGAGUUCCGCUCUUUUGCCGUCGACCCCCAGAUCACCUCACUCGAUGUAUUACAGCACAUCCUCAUCCGAGCGUUUGAUUUGAAUGGGAAGAAGAACUUUGGCAUCAGCUACCUGGGCCGGGAUCGGCUGGGGCAGGAAACUUACCUCUCACUCCUGUCUGACUGGGACCUCAGCACAGCCUUCACCACAGCCUCCAAACCUUACCUGCAGCUGCGGGUAGACAUUCGGCCCACUGAGGACAGCCCUCUGCUGGAAGACUGGGACAUAAUCAGCCCCAAGGAUGUCAUUGGUUCUGACGUGCUACUGGCUGAGAAAAGGUCAUCGCUGACGACAGCUGCCCUGCCCUUCACGCAGUCUAUCCUCUCUCAGGUGGGCCGCACCUUGUCUAAGGUCCAACAGGUGCUAAGCUGGUCAUAUGGGGAAGAUGUCAAGCCCUUCAAGCCUCCCCUGAGCGAUGCCGAGUUUCACACAUACCUGAACCACGAGGGCCAGCUCUCCCGCCCUGAGGAGUUGCGCCUGCGGAUCUAUCACGGUGGUGUGGAGCCCUCCCUGCGAAAGGUGGUGUGGCGGUACCUGUUGAACGUCUACCCAGAUGGGCUGACGGGCCGCGAGCGGAUGGACUACAUGAAACGCAAGAGUCGCGAGUAUGAACAGCUCAAGAGUGAGUGGGCACAACGAGCGAGCCCUGAAGACUUGGAAUUCAUCCGCAGCACAGUCCUCAAGGAUGUGCUGCGGACGGACCGGGCCCACCCCUACUAUGCAGGGCCCGAGGACGGCCCACACCUGCGGGCGCUGCACGACUUGCUCACCACCUACGCCGUCACCCACCCGCAGGUGUCCUACUGCCAGGGCAUGAGCGACCUCGCCUCGCCCAUCCUUGCCGUCAUGGACCACGAAGGCCAUGCCUUCGUCUGCUUUUGUGGCAUCAUGAAGCGCCUGGCCGCGAACUUCCAUCCUGAUGGCCGCGCCAUGGCCACCAAGUUUGCCCACCUCAAGCUGCUGCUACGACAUGCCGACCCUGACUUCUACCAGUACCUACAAGAAGCCGGUGCCGACGACCUGUUCUUCUGCUACCGCUGGCUGCUGCUUGAACUCAAGCGCGAGUUCGCCUUUGACGAUGCCCUCCGCAUGCUCGAGGUCACCUGGAGUUCGCUGCCCCCCGAUCCUCCUGAACAUGAGGUAGAGCUCGUUGGACCCCCCAGCCAAGUGGCAGACCCUGGCUUCAGUGGCCACAGGGGGCGGCCCGUGAGACAGAGGCACAUGCUGAGGCCUGCCGAGGGAGGGGGCAGUGCUUUCGAAGAUGCUGUUGACCACUUGGUCACGACCAGCCAGGGGCCUGGUGGCGGGGGCCGUCUCCUGAGACAAGCCAGUCUGGAUGACCUCCAGCAACUCAGGGAUAACACAGGCUCCAGGAGGGACCCUCUGGUCCAGCUGCCCCACCCAGCUGCCCUCAUCAGCUCCAAGUCCCUCUCCGAGCCCUUGUUGAACUCCUCAGACCCACUCUCCUCCUCUUCCCGCCCUGAUUCCCCAUCCUCCUCAUCUCCGCCAUCCACCCAAGAGGCCUCUCCCGCUGGUGAUGUGGCUGCGGGAUCCCCCUUGAUGCCAGAGUUGGGCUCCCCACAAGAACCUGGAAAGUCCCUGCCACCCCCACCCCCACUGGGCUUGCCCCCACCCCAGGAAUUUGGCCGAGGGAACCCAUUUAUGCUCUUCCUCUGCCUCGCCAUCCUGCUGGAGCACCGCGACCACAUCAUGCGCAACGGGCUAGAUUACAACGAGCUGGCCAUGCACUUUGACCGCCUUGUGCGAAAACACCACCUGGGGCGCGUCCUUCGCCGGGCCAAGGCUCUCUUUGCUGAUUACCUGCAGUCAGAGGUGUGGGACUCAGAGGAGGGGGCCGAGGCCACAGCCCCAUCUUGAUCAGGCUCCUUGCAGCCCACCAUGAGCCCCACGUGCUCUCUGUUCUUUACCAUGGGGGCCUAUACAUGAGACCCCAGCUCCCUGCCUGCCAGCCUUCAACCUGCUGGAGUGCAGGCCCCUUUCUCCCCAGGUCUGAGAGUAUGGGGCUCUGCCUUGGCACUGCCCCAUGGAGGCCAUGGCCGCCUUUCUCAGUUUAUGUUGUAUCGUUUUUAACAACUGGACUUUGCACACAUGAA